AUGGGGGAGAAGGCCAAGGACGGUUCGGAAAGAGUUUCGAAGGUCCAGUUGGACCUCGCAGACCACCAGUUCCUUCCAGGUCUCGUCACGGAUUAUGGCUCUUCAAUGGUGCAAUGGAUGCGAACACGGCAACCGCGAUACAAAGGAUCACAUCGAUUAGAGACUGAGCGGCCUAGUGCCAGCUUCGCGGUCGAUGUUCUACCUCCAAUGGCGCAUCCUCAUUCCGCGGUUGAUACAAUUCCCGUGCGACACCUACACCAGUCGAUCGGAAAAUCAAAGAAGCCCAUUGUCGUGGUGCGAUGGACUCCCGAGGGAAGGCGACUGUUGACCGGCGGCCAUACAGGAGAAUUUAUGCUUUGGAAUGGAACGGCCUUUAAUUUCGAGACAGUCAUGGAUGCACACUACGAUCAAAUACAAGCUGGUGUCACAUCCUUAGCAUGGGCUCAUAGCCAGGACUGGCUGGUCUCUGGUGGACAAAGAGGUGACAUCAAGUACUGGCGACCCAACUUCAACAACGUCGAGACAAUCGAUGACGCCCACCACGAUGCCGUCCGCGAUCUAUCCUGGGCACCCAGCGAUACCAAAUUCCUUUCCGCGUCCGAUGAUACCACGCUCAAAAUCUUCGAUUUCGCAACCCGAACAGCCGACGCCACACUGACCGGACACAACUGGGAUGUCAAGUCCUGUGACUGGCACCCGACCAAGGGAUUGAUCGUUUCUGGAUCAAAGGAUCACCAGGUCAAGUUCUGGGACCCGCGUACUGGCCGCUGCUUAACGACGUUGCACAGUCAUAAAAACACAGUCACGUCCACGAGGUUCUCGCGAGUGAACAGCAACCUUCUUGCUACUUCUUCGCGUGAUCAAACUGCGAGAGUCUUCGAUUUGCGCAUGAUGCGCGAUAUCUGCAUAUUGCGGGGCCAUGAGAAGCCAGUUUCUUCUUUGACAUGGCACCCAAUCCAUAGUAACUUGAUCUCAACGGGUGCAGAAGACGGUUCGCUCUAUCAUUAUCUACUCGAUGAGCCGCACUUGCCCGCCGGUCAAAUUCCCACUGUGGCGCCGUACGACAGCCCAGACCCGGCGAACACGCCGCCACAGGUAAUCUACCCGGCACAUCGGGUGCAAUACGCGCACGGUGCUACAAUUUGGUCACUAGACUGGCACCCACUGGGCCAUAUCUUGGCUUCCGGAUCUAAGGACAACUUUACUCGAUUCUGGUCACGUUGUCGACCUGGCGAGACUAGUUACAUGAAAGACCGAUUCCAUAUCGGUGAAGAGGCCGCAGAAGCCCAGGGAACGUGGAAUCGUGGCUUUGGCCGGAAACAGAUGCGGGAGGAAGAGGAACAAGAAAUGCAGGACGAAGCCGACAGCCUGGUCGACCAACGACGACCCGGCGGUCCUGUCCUGCCCGGAAUUCAGGCCGGCGCUCAGCCCAACGUCCCAGGCUUACUGCCUGGAAUCGGCAGCGCUCAGCCCCAGCAUCAGCCCCAGCAGCCAGUACUGGAUGGCGCUAUGGGUGGGAUGAAUCCAGAGCGUUUGGCUGCGCUCAUCUCCACCCACGCUCCCCCACAGUCCAAUACCCCUACACCUGGGAUGCCUGGAUUCCCUAUGGCGCAGGGUAUGGGUGGAGCCCCGCCGAUGAACAUGGAUCUGGCGCAGUUGCAGAAGCAACUCCAGAACUUCCCCAUGCCUCAGAAUCUCAAUUUCCAAGCCUUGGCAAACAACCCAGGUUUCCCCGGUGGCUUUGGCGGUCUACCUGGUCUGCAAGGCGGCGGUACGCCCGAUGGCAAUCGAAGACAUUGA